ACGCGACAAACACGUGUUUGAAGGAAGAAGAGACGGGCACGGAAAAGGACUCGGCACCUCGUGAACGAUCGAAUGACACCGCUGCCGCAAACGAUGAUGACAAAGAAGAGCACAUGGGUGAUGCAGUCGACAUUCAACCACCACAACCUACAAUGAACCCAUUCAAAAGUAUUUCUGGUGGACGCUGCAAGCGCAAGUCAAAAUAUGCAAAGACUGAAGUUAAGCAAGAGCCGACGAUUAAGGAAGAACACAAUGACAGCGACGAUGUCAUGAACAUACCACGGCCGAGAGUUGGUGGAAGAUAUCGAGCGAAUUAUGAUGGGCCAUUCGAUUUUGACUAUGACUUUGAUAAAGUAAAGGAUGAAAUGAAGUGUGAGGAAGAAGAGACGGGCACAGAAAAGGACACGACACCAUGUGAACGAUCGAAUGACAGCGCUGCCGCAAACAAUGAUGACAACGAAGAGCACAUGGGUGAUGCAGUCGAUAUUCAACCACCGCAACCAGUCAGCAGCGGGAAGAAACGGAAUGGAAGCUCCAAAAGACGAAACAAACGAACGAUUCCCCGGAAUCAAGCGGCCAAAAAUCGGAAGAAGCACAAAUGUCAUGUGUGCAAUCAUUUGUCAAGUGAGAAGUCUAACCUCAAAGUACACUUGCGGAUUCACACUGGAGAAAAACCAUUCAAGUGUGAUGUUUGUUCGAAGUCCUUUACACGAAAAAAUCAUCUGAAAAAUCAUAAGAAAACGCAUGGCCUAUUCCGCUGUUCAAAAUGUAAUCAAGGAUUCGAAAACGAAUCAGUCAAGAUCGAUCAUGAAAGGCUAUGUAGUCCUCAGCAAUUCGAAUGCGAUAUUUGCGGAUAUCACACUGUAGUGAAAUUCAGUUCGACAGUUCAUAUGCGGAUUCACAGCGGGGAAAAGCCGUUCGAGUGCUCAAUUUGUUUCAAGUCGUUUGCACAAAGCAUUGAUCUCCAAAGACAUUCAAUGACUCACAAAGAUGCUCUGCCGAAUGCUUGUUCGAAAUGUGGUCGACGAUUUGCCACACUAGACGAUAAGCAAUCACACGAAACGCGCUGCCGAUGA